AUGGAGAGCCUGAGCAACAGCCUGAAGAAGAAAGCCACGGAGCAGCACUACAGGGCGGAGGUGAUGAUUGCUGGAGAGCAGCUGAGGCUUCGUCUCCACGAUGGGAAGCUCAUUAAGGACAGACGUUACCACCUCCGAACGUACCCAAACUGCUUUGUGGCGAAGGAGCUCACGGACUGGCUGAUCGACCACAAAGAAGCCCCGGACCGAGAGACGGGCAUCCGCCUCAUGCAGAAGCUGAUGGACCAUUACAUCAUCCAUCACGUCUGCGACGAGCACUCGGACUACAAGGACGCCAAGCUGCUGUACCGCUUCCGCAAGGACGAUGGGACCUUCCCUCUCAGUAAGGACGUGAAGGUGUUCAUGAGAGGGCAGAGUCUUUACGAGAAGCUGGUGAGCACGGAAGAGUCGAUCCUGAAGGUGAGAGAGGAGAACUCCGUGAAGUACCAGAGGGCUUUCCUAGGCUGUGAGAUGAUCAGCUGACUCGUUCAGGAGGGAGAAGCGGAGAACCGAAAGGAAGCCGUGGAGCUGGGACGGGCGCUGCUGGAGCACGGGAUCAUUCAGCACGUCUCCAACAGGCAUCACUUCUUUGACAGUGACAGCCUCUACCACUUCUGGAUCAACUUUCGACGGAGGCGUCGUCUCACAGAGUUACUAAACGAGAAUUCUUCUUGCACCUUCUCUGAGAGCUCGGACAGCCCCUUCUGUCUUCGCAAGCUCAACCCAGAUCCAGGCAACACCAGCUUUCUCUCUGUCCAAACCAACAAGGAGAUCAAAGUCGUCUCAGCGGUUCGAAGGAGCAGCAUCACUUCCCUCUCUGGAAACUCCAACCCCUACUUCAGCACUACUCCUAUGCUGGUGUUCCCUCCCGUGGCUGAGUGCAACCCCAAAUCAGUGUUAAAGAGACCCGUCACCAAUGAAGAGCUCCUGUCCCCUGGGGCCCCCUACAUCAAGAAAACGCUAACGAUCGUGGGGGAUGCAGUGGGCUGGGGGUUUGUGGUCCGAGGAGGAAGACCAUGCCACAUCCAGGCAGUGGACCCAGGAGGACCCGCUGCUGCUGCGGGGAUGAAGGUGUGCCAGUUUGUUUUCUCAGUGAAUGGUAUGUACGUUUUGCAUCUGGACUAUCAGACCAUCAGCAGCCUCAUCAUGACAGGACCACGAACUCUCGUGAUGGAAGUCAUGGAAGCUGUUGAGUGAGCGAAGGAGUCUCAUCCCACCGCUGCUGGGAAAGGCAGGAUGCUCCACUAAGCAUGUGGGGAGGGA